AUAUAUCUGUUCUUUUCACUUAUGCUCGUCAAUGGCAACUACCUUGUUACAGAGGUAGCCUCCUGAACUUUGUGACCUUGUCGAUUUGUCCAGAGGUCUGUUGGAGUAUUCAUCGUUACCAGUGGAAUACCCCAUAGAUUCUUGCUGAAUUAAGUUAUUCGUAGGCAUAGAAUCCGGGCGACUAUGAGAGUUGUGCAGUGAGCAUCUCUGGUGCCCCUAAUGGAUUCAAAGCUGCGAGAGGACCUGUUGAAGAAGUAUGUGCAAUCUCUGGAGUGUCGGCUGGAGGUGGUCGGAAGAAGAGGAGGACAGCAGCAAGGGGUGGGUGAGGCCGGUCUUUGCUCGGCCGCCACAGCACUACUUAGUCUCCACCAGGUCGAUCCAGCUCACCGUUUCCAGCUGGUUCGCUUCUAUGAAGUGUCAGAGAAUGCACUGCGCACACUGAGAAGCUCCAGCUUGCAAGGGCUGGAGACAGCCUUUAAUACACUGGAAACGAUCUGCACCAACCUUUUGCUCUACCCUUGGAAAAAAGAGUUCCGCUGCAUUAAGACUUUCACUGGCCCUUAUGUGUACUGCCUGCAGUCAGCUUUGUGUGACUCAGACCUUCGCUCCUUGCUGCGCUCCAUGGGUUACUCGCGAGACCAGGAGCUACAGUUCCAUGCCAGAGAGCCUACUGGUGGGAUAGCUCAGCUACGUCAGCUGGCCUUUGAGCUGUUCCUGGCACAGAUGGAGUGCCGCUUGCUGAAGGAGCUGGUGGCACAAGCGGGUGGGAGCUCUUUAAACAUGGAGGUGGAGGCUGUUGAGAUACGUCGAGUCAGUCGUGAAGAUGCCAGAGGCUGUGCUGACAUCCUGCGUCGCAGAGAGGCUUUGACAGGGGAGGUGUCCCGGCUUGCUGUGCGCCGGCCUGAGUGUGAGCGGGCCUACCUGAAGCAGCGAGCAGAUCGGCCCUACAAAUCGGUGGACGUGACAGAUGGUGCAGGUCACUGGCAGCCCUCCAGCAAGCCGGUUCUGAUGACCACGCUCAGCCUCCGCAAGGAGCCUCUCUUUGUGGAUGCAGAGGAGGACCAGCAGGAUGAGAUCAUUCGACCCACACCCUCUCUGCUGUCUGCGACAGGACCUGCUUACAGCCCUGUGGCCGAUUUCUUUCCUGUCACAUCUGCCCCUACAGAGCCUCCCCCUCUUUCCUCAUACUCUUCCUACCACCUGCCCUCUCUUGAUGAAAUCGACCUGUACACAGACCGAGGUGGCGGCUAUCGUCUGCCUUCGAAACAGCAGAGCAGGGACCCUAGAGACAACUGGGGAGGCAAGAGCCCAGCUGCCCCAUCUGUUAAUGUGAAGUGCCAGGGCUGUGGUGUGGGCAGCACCAGUGUCAUCGCCUGUCAGAAGUGCGAUAUGAUCCUGUGUCCUAUCUGCCAUGCAGAAGAGCACUCCCCAUGCUGUGGGCUCCAGGACUUCCCCAAGGUUUCACGUCCCAGCGAGGGGUACCUGUCUGGUAAAGAGAAGUUGUACAUCUGUUCCAGCACUCCCACCCAGUCUCAACUCCCAGACAAGCCCCAGUCCAACCCCAAGCUUUUCCCCAGUAAGGUGAGCACCGCCAGCAGCGGUAGCAAUGGCUCGCGCUGCGGGUUCUGUAACAAGCCAGGUGCCACCCGCACAUGUCUGCACUGCUCCAAGGUGUCCUGUGACAGUUGCAUGACUCUCUAUGCUAAAGACUUCUGUGGACGUAAGAACACACCCCAUAAUUUUGUGCCGAACAACCAUCUUAACUACAAAUGCAGCUCCAUCUCUCACCUGGUGUAUCGAUAGGACGCAUACUACUCUAGGCACUUGUUAAAGUGGGGUAUUGGAUCUUCAUGUCCUUCAGGGGAUGUCAUUACCAAGGAAGCCAGGCAAAUAAUCUUCAUGCUUGCCCCAUACUGUUACCAGUCUUUCCUGCUUGUUUGGAAAACUGUCAGGAGACAGUCUAAUUAUUGUACUUGCAGGGCUAAUUGAGCUGUAUUCACAACCUUCAGCUAAAGUGUACUUCCAGACUCAUCUCGCAUUUGUAGAUGUAAUGUAAGAAGUAGCCUCCAUUUGAAUUUUAGGUAACCGGGUCUACACAUGAGCUUGCAAUUACACCUUCAGAAUCUCUGUACCAGAGAUACUCUUGAAUUCAACUGGAGAACCCAUUGACACUAAUUUUACCUUUGCAGUAACAAGAACAAAACAUGCAGCUUCUUUUGCAAACAUAAGCUUUACUUAAGUUAUCUACACAGUAACACAGUUUUACAAGCUUACCCUGCUGUUUGACACUUCGCAGAAACCAUGGUAAAUCAUUAAACUGCAUUUCUUGAUCUUUAUUUAUGCCUUGACUGGGCUGAGGCACCUUUCUCAACACAAGCUUCUUGAUGUAUUGUACUGCUGUACUACCAAUUUAAUUUUAGACCUCUGAAUUCCUAUCACGCCCAAUCGGCCUUGAACCGAAGGAAGUAAGCAAUGAACAUAAUGUUUUGUAUGUGAUUGUUUAAUAAAAAAUAUACAGUUACACGGAUGAAGGCACAAGUCAUUUGUCAACUUGACCUUAAAUAUAUAUUUUUUAUUAUCUACUUGAUUUUCUUAAGUUUUAUUGUUAACUUGAUGCAAGCCCAAAUUGGCUUGACUGUUACUGUGACAGAAAUACCUGUGUGUUACAGGAAGUUCAUAAUAUAUAGUAUAAAAUGGAAACUUGUUUAAUAUUUAACACUUACUGUGUUGUUGUUGCCUUUUUUUUUCCAUCACUCCUGUAAUCUUCCCCCAUUUAAGUUUUAAUCAUUAUGUUUUCUGCAGCAGGAAGUGGAAUCCAAAAGCCUCUAUGCAAAACAAACUGGGAGAAAUAUGGAUUAGCUGGGGAUUUCUCUACAGAAUAAGGUGGAGUACUGUGGCUGUUCAUUGGAUGCCAGUAGAACUUCAAGUCAUGGUUCUAUACUGUACAGUACUGCUGAAAAAUAGAAAACAAGCCAGCCUUUUAUUUUUGCUUUGUUUUUGUUUAUUUUUUCCAUCAUAUAUACCAUUUGUCUAGAUUGGUGAAUGCACAAAUAAGAGUGUUAGGGUCAUGCAAAAGACAGGUAGUUCUGAGUAGCUCAGGUGGUACAACAGAACUCUAGGGUGUGUGGGGGGGCAUGCAUCGAGUUUGAGUCAAAGCAUGGGCACAAGCAUCAGAGAUUCCCCUAGCUAGGAGCACGUACCAGUUCAAAAUCCUGGGAAGUCCAGUGGAGAUGAACAGGACACUGGUCACACCCAGGUAUUUGAAUAGUACAUUUUUAUAAGGAGCCUUGGUGUGCUGCCAUGGCUUUACCCAUCUAGGUUACAAAUAUAUAAUUGUAGUGCCGUUUGCUUAAAAUGUUUUCUAGCAUCACUAUUUGAAACCAUAACAUAUGUGCAGUACUUUGAAAAACUUCCACCAUAUGAGCUAAUCCAUAUAAUUCCCAGUUACUACCAAAACCUGUAUCCAUUUAAUAACUUUUUGCAUUCAGGCUUCAAUGCCAGCUCCCAACAAGGGCACCUUUUGAUCUGUCCAUGCAGUCUUUCUUCUUACCUGUGCCGUUUUGUGGAAACAAAAUAAAAUCUAAAAAAUACACAUUUGAGAAAACCCACAAAGUAUUACAAUCAAACAAAUCUUUCUUUUCAGCAGUUCAACUCCGGUAUCGCAAAUUAAGGCAUGAUGGGAAAAAUUGGUUUAUCGUUGCUCCAGUGUACCAUGAGAAGCAAUUGCAAGGACUUGCCACCAAUAAAUCUUGUUGGAUGGUAUCUCCUAGGCAUGCAAUGUUCAUGGGAUGUGUUGUUUGCAACAUGUUACCCACUUGUGGCACUGCCCUGUCAAAUACUUUUGAUACUACUAGUUGUUGAAGUUCCCAACCCAAGCUGUAUUUUGUAAAUUCCUUGGCUGGAGUUUAAUCCAAUUAGGAUACAAAAAUAUGAUUAAGAACAACACUGAAACUCAUUACAAGAAAUUGACUUGGAGUUUUCAAGUUUGUAGAAUUGUAGUCGUUGACCCUUUUAAUGUCUGGGAUUGUUUCUGGGCCUCAUCUGAGUUUCAAAAGUAGACUUUGGGAGGCCUACUGUACAUAUAAAUUUAAUUAUUUUAUAUUCACAAUUUUACCCUCUUACAUUGGUUUACUCACCUUGCAAUAAGAGAAUAAAGAGGGAGUUGAUUACAGUACCUUAUUGUUACCCACUGCCUCUGGCUGGUAUUAGAACUGAUCUGUGUUUGUAAAAUAAUGAAAUCCGUGGGUUGUAAUCUGAUGGACACUUGAUUGUUUGAGCCUGUUUCUGUAUUUAAAAAAGAAAGAAAGUCUUCUGAAGAUCCAGUUAAUUGAACCCAUCCCUGCAAAAAAAAUGUCUGAUUUAUUUGUUUCCGGUUUAUUUAGUAGGUGAGAGUGUAUUGACAAACCAAAUCAGUUUUGGGGCUGACCCCGUGAGGGGUGUUACACUUAAACCUGUGGAAGUUUAAAUUGAUUUUUUGAUUGGAAGUACUUUAUUUGUGGUAUUUAGUGUUGGUGUUGUACGCAUUAAAAACUCGUAGUUUCUUGUAGUGACCCCCCUCAUCAUUGCUCACACUCCUGCACCCGUACAUGUCUAGCAAAGCAAUUAAUGCUCUCUGUACAUAAGAUACAAAGACUGAUAAAGCUGGGUUUAUUUUGGGGAAAAUAGCCAAGUAAUUUGUUGGUGAAUCACCAUUUUUAUAAUACAAUGCCAAGAAUAAAACACUACAAAAACAUUUGUCUUGCUUGUCUUUUAAUCUACAUUAUUCAGCCCAGUGUAAAAUAAACCU